UUUUUUUUUUUUUUUUUUUUGCAUUGUAUUGUCUUUGAACAGCGAGAUGGGCAACACGGCCGACAAGCAGUUCAGCAAGCUCAAGUCGCAGCAGGCAGUCGACCUGUCCAAGCAGCAGCUGAAGGAGCUCAACCCAGCCAUCGAGCGCCUCGAGCGUGUCGAAAAGCUCGAUGUCAGCAACAACGAGCUCAGUUCGCUGCCGCUUGAGAUUGGCGUGCUCAGAACCCUCAAGGUGCUCGACAUCUCCCACAACAACCUCAACGCGCUUCCGCAAGAGAUUGGCAACCUGGUCGCUCUCACCCACCUCCAUGCAUCGCACAACCGCCUCUUCUACUCGCCACUCACGAAAGCCAUCGGACGGCUGGUCAUGCUCACUCGCAUUGAUCUUGGCUUCAACCAACUCGAGGACUUGCCUGACGAAUUUGGUCAUUUGCGCAACCUCAAGUACAUCGAUUUGAGCAACAACGACUUGAAGAUCAUUCCGGUGUGCGUUUGCAAAAUCGCCGGCCUCGAGUACCUGAACCUCGAGCAAAACAAGAUCAAGCUCGUGCCCCCGGAAAUUGGCCAACUGACUUCGCUCAAGGAAUGGCUGCUGAACAACAACAACAUUAACAAGCUUCCGGCGGAGGUGGGCUCGCUCUCCAAGCUUGUGAAGGUGACGCUGGCAUUCAACAACCUGCGCGAGCUGCCGAAGGCUGCCGGUGAAUGGGUCGACAUUGAAGAGCUCGAUCUCCGCGAAAACAACAACAUGGUGGAGCUUCCCGCGACCAGCCAGCUGUGGAAGAAGCUGCGAAAGCUGCUCAUGCGCAACACCAAGCUCGAGAAGCUUCCCGCCGGUUUUUCCGCGUGGACUCGUCUCAAUGAGCUGGAACUCAAGGACAACCCUCAGCUCCAGGAAAUCCCAGAGGACAUUGGUCAGCUCAACAGUCUGACCCGUCUGGAUUUGUCGUCGUGCUGCCUGACCACCUUGCCCGACUCGGUCGCGCAGCUCACGCAGCUGCAGCUUUUGGAUUUGAGGCAAAACCAGCUGACCACCUACUGCAUCCCUCAAGGCAUGCGCAACAUGCAGUCCAUGAAAAAGCUGUACUUGCAAGAAAACCGCAUCGAAAUUGUUCCUGACGAUGUGCUCGAAAUCAAGUCUCUUGUGGAGCUGGACAUGAGCAGCAACACAAUGUACUCGCUCGCGGACGAUAUUCGCAAGCUCACGAUGCUCACCAAGCUGUCGCUCAGCUUUAAUGCGCUCGAGUCACUGCCGGCCUCGAUCGGCAUGCUCACCAACCUUCAGACUCUUGAGGUGCGCAACAACCAGCUGAGCGCCCUCCCCGACGAGAUUGGCGACCUGCGCAGCCUCAUCAAGCUUGACGUGAGCAACAACAAGAUCAGCAAGCUCCCCACGUCCAUGUGCCAACUCAGCGCGCUCCAGACGCUGGAUACCUCCCACAACCAGCUUGUUGAGCCUCCGGCCGACAUUAUCAAGGACGGUCUCGCUGUGAUUCUGCAGUAUCUUCGCACCAAGCAUGGUAAAAACUGAAGGCUUUCGAACUGAUGUUGCUUUUUGUUCUUUUUCUCUUGUUUCUGUCUGUGUUCUGCCAAUGUAAUUCUUGUUCCAAUGGAAGUGAGGAAUGAUUCAACAUUCGCAGUCACUCAGAGUACACC